GUAUCUACGAAAGCAUAACAAAAGGGACAGCUACCGAUUAAAAUUGUGCAAAGCGAACUCGGUGGGGGAGUUUUGUUUUCCCCGGUAACAAAAUCGCUCUUGAUCCGUGCCCAGGAAAGGUUUUCAUUUUGUUCACUUCUGUUUUUGGCAAAAUUUCAAGUAUACAUGUAAAAUUUACUUUAGAAAUUACGCACGGUUUUGCAGACAGGUGAAAUAGUUCCGCUAUGUGAAAAAAGUGUAUCAAAGGGAAGGUGCAUUACAUUUUAUGUUGAUUUUAUGCUGCGUAGCUGUAUGUAGCAUUGACCCCCAACGGAUAGACGCUGUGAAUAAGAUCGUGGGAGCCUGAUUAAAUAGGAGAUUGUUUUUGAUCAGCACAGAACCAGCUUUGCCUAACCGAACAGGUCUACUGUGAGAUAAAUACGAGGAAGAGAAAAUUUCAGUCUAUUGAUUGUCGUGUCAGUAAAUGUUCAGACGGUGGAUAUAGGGAUAAAAUCGACGUCAUGGUGGCGUGGUCCUCGACGCACCGACGACACGUACGCAUUCUGCUAGUGGGAGACCAAGGUGUCGGAAAAACUUCACUCAUUCUAUCUCUGGUCAGCGAAGAGUUUCCCGAGGAUGUUCCAACUAAAGCGGAAGAAAUUACAAUUCCGGCAGAUGUUACCCCAGAACAGGUCCCUACUAAUAUAGUCGAUUACUCUGCUACAGAACAAUCGGACGAUGUCUUGGCGGAGGAAAUUCAAAAGGCACACGUCGUGUGCAUUGUCUACUCGGUGGAGUGCGAUGAAUCGCUGGAUCGCAUAACAUCGCACUGGUUACCCGUGAUUCGAGAAUGCUCCGGCGAUCAACGCAAACCGGUAGUAUUGGUUGGCAACAAAGUAGAUCUUAUCGAUUACUCCACGAUAGAUCAUGUCCUAUCCAUUAUGGAAGAUUUUCCAGAAGUUGAAAGUUGCGUCGAAUGCUCCGCCAAAACGUUGCACAAUAUAUCGGAAAUGUUUUAUUACGCUCAAAAGGCGGUUUUGCAUCCGACAGCCCCACUUUAUAUUAUGGAAGAUCAAGACUUAACUGAGCCCUGCAAAAAAGCUCUCGUGCGAAUAUUUAAGGUGUGUGAUAUUGACGGCGAUGGUUUGCUCAACGAUUACGAGUUGAACCACUUCCAGCGACGAUGUUUCAACGCACCCCUGCAGCCCCAAGUAUUGGAUGAGGUGAAAGCAGUACUAAUGAAAAACACUCCUGAUGGCAUUCGAAAUGAUUCUGUCACAUUGAAAGGCUUCCUGUUUCUGCACUGUUUAUUCAUUCAACGGGGGAGAAACGAAACUACUUGGGCAGUGUUGCGUCGGUUCGGAUACAAUGAAAGCCUUGAAAUGAGUCAGGAAUACUUGCAUCCGCCAGUCAAAAUUCCUCCAGGCAGCAGCACUGAAUUGUCACACCGUGGACAGCAGUUUUUAAUCUCGUUGUUCGAAAGGAGUGAUCGAGACGGAGAUGGGGCUCUAUCGCCGGAAGAAUUUCGAGUAGUGUUCAGUGCUUGUCCUUGUCCUCCCUUUUCUACCGAUAUUAAGCGAACCGUUCCAACUAAUGAAAAUGGCUGGCCAACGCUGCAUGGGUGGAUGUGCCGCUGGACGUUGAUGACUCUGGUUGAUCUAAACAAAACGCUGGAGUAUCUGGCUUAUCUAGGAUUCAAUGUUCACGAAAAUGAAUCACAACUAGCCGCAAUACAUAUCACCCGCGAGCGAAGGAUUGAUCUAGCUAAAAAGCAAAACAGUCGAUCCGUGUACAUGUGUCAUGUUAUUGGUCCUAAAGGUUCUGGUAAAACGGCGUUCUGUCGGGCUUUUUUAGCGGAAGAUAUGAGAAAACUGACCGACAAAGAAAUACGCGGGAGUAAUCAAUUUGCUAUCAAUACAGUUCAAGUGUACGGACAGGAGAAAUAUCUCGUUCUUCGAGAUAUCGAUGUUCGUCAGGUGCUAGAUCCGUUACAACCUAGUGAAGUGAACUGCGAUGUGGCCUGUUUGGUAUACGAUAUCAACGAUGAAAAAUCCUUCGAGUAUAUUGCUCGGAUAUAUAUAAAGUACUUCGCGGAAAGUAAAAUACCGGUACUUAUCGUGGGAGCCAAGGCUGAUAUGGAGGAAAUACGACAGGAGUAUCUGCUGCAGGCACCGGACUUUUGUCACAAGUAUAAGCUACUACCACCACAGUACUUCAGCAUAAAGCAUAACAAGAAAGACCUUUACACGAAACUGGCGACGAUGGCGGCUUUUCCUCGUUUUCAAGCCGCGUGGAUUCUUUUCUAUAAACAUAGAUUGGUUCAACUGUGGGAACAAACCCACCUAAAGCAAUUCGGGCUCAUUUCCAGCGAUCCACUACUUUGGUGGAAAACAGGACUCGGAAUAGCGGCAGUAACUAUCGUUGGAUUCUUUGUAGUAAAAGCGUUUCACGGUUCAAGCUCACACGCGCGGUAAAUUUUGUCUGUAGUCUGUAGACAUAGUUGAAAUACCGUUAAGAGCAGUCAAUAACUUAUGACUGCUAGUACGGAGCAAAUGAAUGAACCUUGCAAUGUUCUAAGUAGAGAUAGUUUUAUUUUUACGGGCAUUUGUCGUCGUGAAAAUUACACUUAAAAUAGGCAGUUCCUUAUUAUCCAAAAUAUUUUACGUUCAAAAAUUUCGGAAAUAUGUAAAUAUUGAACGGUAACCUAAUUCGUCAUUGCUGUCACUAAAAUAGCUCAAAAUUUUAUGUACUGUUAAAAAUAUCUUAUUUUUGCUUUCUUUUAUUCGCCGCUACAUUAUACAUCGGAAGGCUUAACCUUAUCGAUCAUACCUAAGAAUAAUAUAUUAGUAAUAUUUAGGCUGAUACAACUCGAAAGUUAUUUGUCGCAUAGUGAAAGCGCUCUAUAAUUUAUUUCGGUAAAAAAUAAAAAAAUAUUGGCACCAGUUUUAUUUCUAAAGAGCAAAAACAACGCUGUGUUUUAAAAUUCUAUAAUAAACCUGUUGCGUUAAAAUCCGUACCUAGAUUAUUAGCACUAGGCUAUUAAAUGUAACUAUCUAAACAGGCAGUUUGGCGUACCAUAAGCGAUUGAUACCUAAAAUCAUACACUGUAAUUAGUCCGAUUACUACUCAAACAAUAUAU